AUGCGUUCUCCACGACAAAAGAAGUCCAUAUCAACUCCUUCAAAUUCAAAGCUUACCACAAGUUCAAAAAAAAACGAAGACUACUUCGAGACAACACUUUCACUACGUCAAAUUUUCCACCAUGGUUCAACCAGUUACCCGAAACUGGUGCGUCGUCUCGACAUCGAUGAGACACGCUUGAAUGCACUUUCGUUAUCGUCAGGGAUACAGUUCACGCACACAGUUCGCGGUGUAAUGGGAACAACUAUGAAACUGCAUGACGUUAAUAAAGUUAAAGAGUAUCAAAAACAAGAUAAAUAUAACAAGUUUUCAUUAAAGCUAGAUUAUAAGUCUGAGCCAAUAGUGGUUCCUGAUAUGAAUGAUAAGGAAACGGUGAUUGCUCUUGCUAAGAUGACGUAUAAUGCAUAUAUUCCCAUUGGUAGUGAUGAUUGGUACGACCUGGAGGAAAAGUAUGGAUGGAAUGAGCCAUUUGGUUGGGAAGAAGAUGGUAUUAGGGGCCAUGUGUUUGCUGACCCAAAGAAUGAAACAGUAAUCAUUGCAAUUAAGGGAACUAGUAUGAUGGGAGGUGGGCCGACCGUACCAAAAGAUAAGAAAAAUGAUAAUCGACUUUUCUCGUGUUGCUGUGCACGAGUUGGACCAUCAUGGAGUCCAGUAUGUGAUUGUUAUAUGGGCAAUAGCCAAUGCGAUCAAAGAUGCUUGGAAAUUAGUGUAGACGAAGAUGGCUUUUAUUUUGACGCAGCAACGAGAUUAUGGGAAUUUAUUCAGGAUAAUUAUCCAAAUGCUGCUGUAUGGCUCACUGGUCACUCUCUUGGUGGGGGAUUAUCCGGGUUGCUUGGCUGGACUUAUGGAGUUCCCGUUGUUGGGUAUGAGGCACCCGGAGAACAGUUGGCUGCUCGACGGUUACAUUUACCUGGACCACCAGCUUUGCCUUAUCAAGAGAUGCCGAUUUGGCAUGUUGGACAUACUGCAGAUCCGAUAUUUAUGGGAGCUUGUAAUGGCGUUCCGAGUAGUUGCUGGUUGGGUGGAUAUGCGAUGGAAAGUAAAUGUCACACCGGGAAAGUUUGUCUAUACGACGCAAUUAAAGAACUAGGCUGGAAAUUGGAUAUUCGUACACAUCGUGUAAAGGAUGUUAUUGAGAAAGUGCUAUCCGUGUGGGAAAAGGUUCCAACAUGUGAGCCGGAAAAGGAUUGCGUGGAUUGUGGAUGGUGGGAAUUUUUGUUAUUUCUGGAUAUCAGUGAUGCCAAUGGCUAA